GACCAAUUUCAUCAUUUUCUGUUGAAAACUUUCAACUGUAAGGGAAAAAAAAAAAAAAAGGAAAAGAAAAUGACGAAAUUGAAUGGAAUUGUUAGUAUGGGGGUGCUUUGGGUGUUGGUGGUGAUUGGAGUUACAGUUUUAAUGAUGCCCAAUGCCGCCGUGGCCAUCACCUGCGACGACGUGAAUCGGUACCUGUUACCAUGCUUUGGCUAUUUAACGUCGCAAGAUAAUAACGCCAAGCCGGACAGAGUUUGUUGCAAGGGCGUUGCCAAUCUCAACAACGCCGCCGGGACACCAGCCAACCGACAAACUGCUUGCCGGUGCAUGCAGCAGCUGCAGCGGCAAUACAGUCGCUAUGUCAACCCCUACAAUGCUAAGGAACUUCCUCACCGCUGUGACGUCUAUGUUCCCUACGAAAUUAGCACCUCCACCAACUGCGACAACGUGAGAUGAAUGCUGCUGAUGAUAAAUGGAGAGGCUUGCACGUAAGCUGGACUCAUUCUGAAGUGUUACAGUACACAAAUGACUUUGCAUUAUUCGCUGCAAACAUUUUAUGUAUACUCCCCA